CCACAAUCCUCGCCGUCGGAACCCCAGUCCUAUGAGACAAAUGGAUAACUUACAGGGGAAUAGGCCAAGGGUCGAGUCUUCCCGUCGGUGUCGGCAAAGAGCAAUAUUGUCGCACAAGACCUUGGUUCUUUGAGCGCCGGCACUGAACUCUCACUCCUGCCAGACCACCAGCAAUCCUAGCUCGACAUCAUUGUGCAAUCAUGGCCUAUCCCCAAGAGACGUUCAUGCGGACCUCGAUCGCGCCGGGAUCUCUAAUAGCUCGGCGACGCGACGCUGUGGCCUCCAAGACACUCUCUUACCAACUCAAAAUGUUGAAAGACACAGGCAGAUACAAUGCAUUCAACCUGGGAUGGCAUCCCUCGUACAAUGACCCUCCUGAUGAAUGGCCGAUACCAAAUCACCUCUUCUGGGACUCAGAUAUUGCUAAAUGGAUCGAAGGAGCGUGCUACCUUCUACGUGGACGGACUGAUUCGACAGUUGACUCGGCGAUCAAGGAGCUAGUUGAGAUGAUUAGGACUUCUCAACUGUCCGAUGGGUACCUCAACAUACAUUAUACCGUCGUCAGUCCCGGACAACGGUUCACCAAUCUACGUGAUUUUCACGAACUCUACAACGCCGGCCAUCUUAUCGAGGCAGCCCUAGCUCACAAUGAUUUAUACAAAAAUAAUGACCUCCUGAACCCGAUUCUCGAGUAUGUUGAACUUUUAUGUCGCAGGUUUGGACGGAAGAAGGGUCAACUCCCCGGCUAUCCAGGCCAUCCUGAGAUCGAGCUCGCUCUUCUUCGAUUGUACCACCGUACUCAAAAUCCUGAGCACCUCGAACUGGCAAAGUUCUUUAUUACUGAGAGAGGAAACCCAACCGGCAUCGAUGGCAGCCACUAUUACCAUUUCGAAGCAAAAAGAAGAGGAGAAGAACCACAUGUGAGAAUGCCAUUCUGGGGCGAGGCGGACGCGCUCUGGUACUACCAAGCCCAUAAGCCGAUUGUGGAGCAGCAGACUAUCGAAGGCCAUGCUGUGCGCGCCAUGUACCUUCUCACAGCAGCAGCCGACUUAGUACGACUGGAACCGACCUCUAAUGGCCGCUUGAAACAUGCCAUAUAUCGGCUAUGGGACAAUAUGGUCGAAUGCAAGAUGUACGUGACCGGCGGAAUUGGAGCUAUAAAGCAAUGGGAGGGCUUUGGCCUGAACUACUUCCUCCCACAAGGGACCGAUGAAGGAGGCUGCUACGCCGAGACGUGCGCUGCCAUUGGUGUGAUGAUGCUAGCGGAACGAAUCUUACGAUACGAUCUGGACCACCGGUUCGGCGAUAAAAUGGAAUUAUCGCUCUACAACGCCGUGUUGACAGGAAUGUCGCACGACGGCACCAAGUUCACGUACGUUAAUCAGCUGGCGUCCAGUAACCAAGAUCCCUCUAGACGCGAGGGAUGGUUUAAGUGCGCCUGCUGCCCUCCGAACGUCCUUAGGUUACUAGGCCAAAUCGGUGGCUAUGUAUACACCCAGACGGCAGAGAACCCACAUCAAGUCAAUGUCCACUUGUACGUCCCAAGCACAUAUGAGUUCACAUCUGGCAAUCAGUCUGCAACUUUGACUCAAAGGAGUAGUUGGCCGUGGAGUGGAAAGGUCGAAUUCAGUCUUCAAACCCAGACGCCGCUGGUCAAUGUCAGUCUGGCGCUUAGGAUACCGGGAUGGGCAAAGAAGUGGAAGUUGAAUCCAAGGCCACCAAAAUACGACCUCCAGAGAGGUUACCUCCUUUUGUCCGCCGAGUGGUUGUCUGCUUUCCGGAUCUUUUCUCUCGAGGUGGACAUCUCGCCUCGCCUUGUCACGCCACAUCCCUAUACAAAUCAAGAUACUGUAGCAGUGGUUCGAGGCCCAAUUGUGUAUUGCGUGGAGGAUGUCGACAACCCUUGGGUGAAAGACCAUUUCAAAAGCACUUUGCUGCAAACUACGUGCUCGUUCGUCGAGAAGACUGUGACUGACGAUACGACGGGAGACACAUACGUUGCAAUCACCACCAACGGCGCGAGCAUGCUCAAAACGGAGGCCAUUCGAGCCGAUCCCGGCGUCUUACUGCAAGGGCCGGCGAAGUUCGAUAAGAGUGGCAUUAGCGAGUUGAAUUUCGUACCUUACUUCUUCAAAGCCAACCGCGGCGGUCGCGGCCAAGCAAGAGUCGGAUUGAGAAGAUGGCAUACGGAUCUGUGAGUCUCUGCACAAAUCCCAGACUCAAUAACGACGAGUAGCCACCCUGCGGUAGGCAACCCAGGUCCAUGGUACGAAGCGACGUAGCGCCUAUUCUAGGAGUUCCUGGUAUGAUUGUUUCUUACGACAGCCCAAAGGAAGCCGGCAUGAUGAUUCGAUUAUUACUGUUGCGCUGUUUCUACUUCAGAUAACGAAGACGCUCACCAUAGCUGAGAGAGGAAGGAGCAGUUGCAUUCACGUCGUUGUCUGCAUGGAUGUGUCCAAGGGCUCGUCGGGGCCCUCGGAACUAAUCUACCUUUACCCAUCCCAACCCUCCUCGCCAUACACGAGAUAGCGAUGCUCGCUGAAACGCAUCUCCUGCACGAAAUGCCUUGAGGUCCCAGGUCAUGUCUGAGGGGAGAGUUGGAUUUGUGUAACCGGACGACGGAAAAGCACACACAGAGUGAAGGGCAGCCGGGGGACGAUCACGUCACUUGUUGGAGUUCGUGGUAAAGGUCAUAGCGGAGGUGCUGGCUGGCAAGAUCCAGACUCUGUCCGAAAGGCUCGACCGAC